UUCAACCAGUACAAUUGCUGUCAGUACAUCUAGUGCAACAAGUGGAUCCACUGAGUUUGACUAUGAAAAGAUAACAGAACAGCAAGAAGAAAUAUAUUCAAAUGACAUUGGAGAUUGGAAUAUUUGUGAUGCCUUGAGAGAAUAUUUCUGUGAAAAUGGGGUUACCAACUGUCAACAUAUAGACAGUGAUUUUAGUGCCUCAGAAAAGAUAUGUCCAGGUGAAACUUUUACAAGGCACUGUACAAAAUCUUUGUUUUUCCGAGAACAGUUGAAUGGAGAAAAAGUUAAGCGUGACUGGCUGUGUUAUUCUCCAAAAACUGGCAAGGUUUUUUGUGCUCUUUGCAAACUAUUUUCGAAAGACGAAACAACACAUUUGACUUCAACUGGUUAUUCAGAUUGGCGACAUGCCACAAGAGAUUUAAGCAGGCAUGAAAAUAGUGCUUCUCAUGGAAAAGCCAUUGAAGUCCUUAUCAGGAGAAAAACUUCUGGUCAACGCAUAGACAAAGAUCUUGUCAAUCAGUUUGAGAAUCAGAAAAAAUAUUGGCACAAAAUACUUUGCCGUAUCCUGAGCGUUAUAAAGCUGCUUUCAUCACGAGGUCUGUCUUUUCGAGGAAAUAAUGAAGUUAUUGGCUCAGUACACAACGGGAAUGAUUUGGGCUGUCUUGAGCUGUUAGCGGAAUAUGAUCCAUUCCUUGCUGAACAUAUUCAAAAGCAUGGCAACAAGGGAAGAGGUCACAUAUCGUACCUGUCAUCAACAAUAUGUGAUGAGUUUAUUGAAUUGAUUGGUCAGCAAUUGCUACAGCAGAUUGUAAAUGAAAUGAAACAAGCCAAAUAUUAUUCAAUUUCUGUUGAUUCCACCCCUGAUAUUGCACAUUCUGAUCAACUGACCAUUAUAUUUCGAUAUGUACUUGCCAGUGGUCCAGUGGAGCGUUUUACUAAAUUUAUCCCAAUAUCUGGACAUACUG